GAUAACCUUGUGCGAAACAUAUAUUGUACGCCAGCCUGUCUGUUCUGUUUUGUGUUUGUGGAGGAGGAGGAGAGAACACAACAAAACAACAACACUUCCUUGAGCUCUCCUUUCUCGUGCACACUGUGACCCUCUUUUUGCGCCUUGUGACGUUCAACGUUGAUCGACCCUUCAACACCAUCCAACACAAUGGGAGCUGGUCCAUCUGCCCUUGUUGAGCACAUCGGGUUUCAAGUCCCCGAUUCUGCCACCGAGAACUCGAGUGCUGUCAUCCGCAACCGGCACUUCCCGAAGGAGCUCAUCUCCGUGCCUUUCAAGGAUGAGCCCGAGAUUGACACGUGCUUCAAGAUCUUCGCCAGGGCGGUGGAGAAGUACGGCAACAAUGACAUGCUUGGCCACCGCACGAUUGAGGCUGACGGCACGGCCGGCCCCUACCAGUUUGAGAGCUACGCCACCGUGAGCAAGCAGGUGGACCGCAUUGGCGCCGGCCUUGCCAAGCUCGGCUACGGCGAGGGCAAGACAAUUGGCAUCUUCGGCAUCAACUCUGCCGCGUGGAUCAAGUCGCUUCUGGGCUCAUGGCGCCAGGGCUGCGUGUGCGUGCCGCUGUAUGACACGCUUGGCGCGGAGUCCACCAAGUUCAUUCUCAAGGACGCAGACGUGACCACGGUGUUCUGCGCGCACGCCAAACUGGCGCAGGUGCUUGACGUUGCCCAGGACUGCGGCAUCACCACCAUUGUCCAGUUUGAGCCUGUCUCCGAUGACGACAAGGCAAAGGCGCCCGAGGGCCUGACACUGAUGUCGCUCGAUGAGUUUAUGGACUCUGGCGAUGCGGACGCCGCCGCCACGCCCUGCGCCAAGGACGGCCUCGCAUACAUCAUGUACACCUCUGGCACGACGGGCAACCCCAAGGGCGUGCGCCUGUCCCACGGCAACGUGACUGCCUCUGUUGCCGGCCUUAUCGGCAUGGGUAUUGAGAUUCUCCAGACGGACGUCUACCUCAGCUACCUGCCGCUUGCGCACAUCUUCGAGACGGUGAUGCAGAUCCUUGGGCUGUGCUCGGGCGCCGCUGUCGGCUUCUACCAGGGCAACAUCCGCCUCAUCAUGGACGACAUCCAGGCCCUUCGCCCAACCGUCUUUGCCGGCGUGCCACGCGUCUACUCCCGCUUCUACGACAAGGUGAUGCAAACGAUUGAGGCGUCGAGCUGGGUGAAGAAGACCAUGUUCAACACGGCCUUUGAGAACCAGCUGGACAACGUGCGCAAGGGCACACGCAACGCCUUCUGGGACAACCUCGUCUUCAACAAGACAAAGGCCCAUCUUGGAGGCCGUGUGCGCCUGAUGGCCUCUGGGGCUGCGCCGCUGCCCGCGCACAUCAUGGACUUCCUCAAGGUUGUCUUCUGCUGCGAGGUGCAUCAGGGUUACGGCAUGACGGAGAACGCUGCCGCCGCCGUCAUCACCCCUGGCGGGUACACGCGCGCAGGCACCAUUGGCGAGCCCGUCCCCUGCUGCGAGAUUAAGCUUGAGGACGUGCCGGAGCUCGAGUACACCUCCAGUGACAAGCCGUUCCCCCGCGGUGAGAUCUGCAUCCGCGGGCACAAUGUGUUCCACGGCUACCACAACCUCCCCGACAAGACAGCCGAGACGCUCGUCGACGGCUGGCUCCACACCGGCGACAUUGGCCAGGUGCUUGAGGACGGCUCGCUGCAGAUUAUCGACCGCAAGAAGAACAUCUUUAAGCUCGCACAGGGCGAAUACGUCGCGGCCGAAGAGCUUGAGAUGGUGUUCCACCGCAGCAAGUACAUCAACCAGAUCUUCGUGUACGGCGACAGCACGCAGUCCACGCUCGUGGCCAUUGUUGUGCCGGACGUGGAGACGGUCGGUCCCUGGAUGAGCGAGCAGGGCAUUGAGGGCGACUUUAACGUCGCUGCCAAGGACCCAAAGGUGCGCGAUCUACUUCUUGCGGAGAUCAAGAAGGAGGGCGCAAACGCAAAGCUCGCCGGGUUCAAGGUCCCCAAGGCCAUCUUCGUCGAGUCUGACGUGAACGAGCUGAACCAGGGCUUCACCAUCGAGAACGGGUGCAUGACGCCUUCCUUCAAGCUCCGCCGCCCACAGCUCAAGGCCCGCUACAAGGCAGAGAUUGACAAGAUGUACAGCCAGCAGUAAGGCGCCCUGAAUCGUCGGCCCGCUCGUCGUUGCUCUUAAAGGUCCAGGCCUCCCUCCCUUCUCCUUCUCCUCCUCCUCCUCCUUCUUCUCCUCCUCCUCCUCCUCCCGCUGCUGCGGCUACUGCUGCACCGUCUGUCCCUACCGCUUUCGCUUUUCCCUUCGUGCCCUUACCUUCGUCGCCUUACUGUUGUUUGUGCUUUCUCUUCUGCUUUCCUCACCUGUUGCUGACGUGGGCGCCCUGCGUACGUGCGUGCGCAUGUGGGUCCAUGCCCAAGAUAUGAGAAGUCCAAGCAGCCGUCUGUGUUUUCGUCUGUCUGUCUGUCUGUCACCACUGUCUGUUUAUCUGUCAGUGCAAUUGUUGUCCUGUUGACCAAUGAUACCCGCACCACGCAUUCGCACGAUCAA